UUUCUAAUGAUAAAAUGAAUUGACCAUCUCUGCUUAUAGGCCUUUAAAAUUCAUUGUGUUAUUUUUCAACUAUAAUAAUAAAUCUAGAAUCUUUCUGUAUCUCAUGAACAAAUUCAACUAUAAUCUUUCUGUAUCUAACGAAGAAUGGCACACCAGAAGAAGGCGAAGUUCGAUGCUUGACGCGAAUCUGGAGCGAUUGGAGCAGUUCUAAGAUCGACUCCGUCGGAGAAUCAGGUAUCAAUUUUUUAUACGAGACCCAAAGUAAGAAGACGGGAUUUGAUUGGGCAGCAAAAGAGAGUGAUUCUUUGAAGACGUCUAAUUUGAUUCGUGAAGAUCUUCUCUGAUUUGGGCAGUUAUGUGUUGUUCGCUCACAAGGAUUCUACAUGUUGAUGAAGUGGAUGAGUUUGCCUUCGGAAAAUCAACAGCUUGCCGAUGACAAGCAGAAUGCUUACAAGGUGUUCGACAAUAUGCGUUCCAAGUUAGAGCAGAUGAAACUAAGGUAGAAGCAAGGGAAAAUGCUUUAAAUUUGUUGAAGAAACAAACAUCUUUCAAAAGCUGGGAACUUCAGUCUUGUGUAUGUGAAGCAGAAUGUGCAUCCAAGUUAUGACUGUGAGUUAAGGGCCAUGGUGAUGGUAAUUCAACUAAGGAACCAGUCCUUCUUCGGCAUGCAGCUUAAGGUUGAGCAGAGAACAGAGAUAUGUGUUUGAUACAAGUCUGAAGAAUGGCAAGAGGAAAUAGGGUCAGUCUUGGGAAUAUAUUGUGUCUUGAGGAUUUGUGUGUUCGACAAGUCUUUAAAGCAGAAUGUUUAGCCAAGUUAUACUGUGAGUUAAGGGCCAUGCAACAAAGGAAUCAGUCCUUCUUCAGCAUGAGAUUGAUGGCAAGAACAGACCACACGAAAAUGGAAAUGAAGAGUUACAAGCGGAUACUCCCGACUGGUCAGGUCCAACAAUGAGGAUACAUACAGUGAAUUGGCUUUUGGUCGACCACCUUCUCAUUAUACAGUGAUUCCACUAGUGGCUGUUUUUAUCUGAUGAUUGCCCUUGUUUCUCUGGGAGCUAUUCGGAAAGAACUGUCUUUUUACAUGAGCACAUGUUUGGAGACGAAGACUGAGGUUUGAAUAACAGAUACACACUUGUAAAUAUGUGCAUCCGGCUGGAGAAACACCAGAAGAGGAGGAAAUACUCUCUGUGGAAGAUGAAGGGCAAGGCUGGAUUAAUCAGCCUUAAAGAUUCCGCAAACGAGACUGUCUCACUCAGCAGUCCCUUGACAAGCUUAAGCAACGAUAUGAGCUUAAAGCAACUUCUAGGAGACAAGAGGAGGACGACUUUAAUUGAAGCGGUGGUAGGGAAGCUUUGUUUGGACCUGAAGCACCAUGCUACUGAGAUUUAGAACACAGAAAGUCCAGGAACUGCUUAGGCAAGUCUUCUUGUCUAGGAUCCAAUAUAUUUGUAUCUUCCCAUAGCAGAGAAAUCUAAGCUUCUUGGAGACAUGUUGUUGUUAUGUUGCAGAAUCAGAUGUAGUUUUUGUAUUGUUUGAUCGAUGAUCCUCUUGGAAUGAAUAUGUCCAAGGACACAUGUAGCUUUGUACAGUUUGUAUGUAUGUAUAAAUGCCAGAAAAUAACUUUUGUGUUUCUUAAUUGUUAUUUGCUCCCAA